GGUAUGUUCUGUGAUCUGUCAAGUUAACCUUAAUAAUGUUUACUUGAUAAGUAUACUUUUCAGAGAAAAAAUACGUUUUCUCCACCUUAAAAAGUUUGGCAAAGCGUUAACAAUGACGAAGCUUCUAGAAUGGCUGGGAGGUGCUGGAGCACUGGGGGCAAUAUGGCUGGCCCUACUUACCAACAAAAUUGAAAAUCCUUUUUUUAGGGACCACUACACUUUCCUUUUACUCUCCCCAAUUAUAGUUGUCGGCUUAUUUGGGUUGGCUUCCCUUUUACUGGUAUUGUAUAGAGUAUAUACGUUCAAUGACUGUAAUGAUGCUGCAGCAGAACUGCAAAAGGAAAUAGUUGAAGCUAAGCAAGACUUAAAAAGCCUGGGUUUUAAAUUUAAAGACUCCUUUAAAUAAGCAUUUUUAUUGAUUCAGAGUGAAUAGUGUGUUCUAUAUUUUUUAUAUACAUAGUUGAAGUUUAUUCCAAAUGAAACGCAAUAAAAAUCAAAUGGCGUUCACAAGUAUUGAGUUAGAACAUUCCCAUACUCUACGCAUGCCAAUAAAUAGAUAAUAAUGA